AUGUUUUAGGAAUAAAUAGAUAUAGCUUAAUGUUCUAUUUCAUUAUUAAUUAAUCAAAUUAAUGGUGAUAUAUUGGAUUAUGCUUCAAUUUAGUCAUAUUAAUUUUCAUAUCGUGUCACCUUAUUUCUGAAUACACGAAAUAAGCGAAGUAAUUUAACAUUUGUAAAAAUCUCAAUGAAAUAAAAAAAGAUAGAAUUAAUUUUGCUGAAAAUUUGAAUGUUAAGCAUGUUUAAAUUGAUGAGUAGAGGAUUGUUUAAUUAUUAGUUAACAUUUUAAAUAAUACCUUAAUAUUUACAUAGAAAGGAGGUUAUAUUGGUUUGUAAAUUUAAGAAGGUGAUCAUUUCGCAUUAUUUUUAAAGUUUUCGAUAAUGCAAAUGGCAUAGAAGAAUCAACAUUAAGUUGAACUUCAAAUAGCAUACAUGAUACUAUUGAAUUUGGAGCUGUAUUGA